AUGGGCACAUCAAGUAGUCACGAGGUUCGCCAGAUGGUGGACGAGACCGUCGUUGCUCUGCGGUCCGGACAGCCGCCGCCGCUGCCGCAGCAACAGCAGCAUCGGCCGUUCCGACGUAAGCAGCUCCGCGAGGUGAUACCCCUCGACGAUGACAUUGUGGUCUUGGACGAGGGGGUCGUCGGCGGCGGUAACGGUAGCGAGGGGUAUUACUACAUAGAUUACGACACCGACGGCGUUUGGGAAUCUGACUGGAGCUCGGACGCUGAUAGAUCUGCCUGCGAAGAGUGCUGUUGUUAUUCGGACAUCAAGGGGAGCGAGUGCUGCAAUAGCGGUACGAAGGACUGUUGUGCGUCGGGCCGCAAGAAGUGCGGUGCGAAGGCAAACAACACGAAGAAUAAGUGCAAGGAGUGCGAGAAGAUGCAAAAGUGUAGGAAGUGUAGGAAGAAGGGAUCUUCGCUUUGGAAUCGCCCCAAGGAAAGAAUCGACUGGGGUGGCGACGUCGUCGGGUUUUCGAGGCGUCCUGGUGAGAAAUGGGGCCUCAAAGUCGACGGCCAUUCCGAUCUCGCCAAUCCAGGGAGCGAAUCGGCUACGCAUGUCUGCGGCGGAACCUGCUCCUGCGAACGACAACGACGACAACGACGACAACAAGCGGCUCGACAUCGGACAGCGCGGGGACGCCUGGACGAUAUUCUGGUUCGCGAGGACGAGUUGCAACCGCAGCCCAGCCGGAGGCGCACACUGCUGUUCGACGAGUUCGAAGUGUUCCCCGCCGGUGUGUCAGGCGGCGACCGCACCGAGGAUGGAUAUCAAUACCAUGAGCGAGAUGGGCUCGGGAAAUCGAGGUGGGAACCGAGGACAAGGAGGAUGACGAGAACGAGGACGAGAAGGGACGGAAGCGUCGACGAGGAGUUCUUCAUGAUGCGUGGUGCGUUGGGGGAUAGUGACCGUCAUAGGGACCUCAGGGACGGUGGCGGGCGCGGAGGGAAUAGGGGGCGUGCGAGAAGCUGGGAGAGGAGAUCGGAUCUGGAUGAGAGGGUCGGGGAGAUCGACGACUGGUCCGAGGGGAGCUCAUACGCGGUUGGGGAAAGGGACAGAUUGGUCGUUUCGAGGAGGGAGGAAGGUGGAAAGAGGAUUGUGCGGUUUGAAAGGGCUUGA